CAUUUUUAUUACUGUUGGAUGAUAGCGCACUUCUAAAUUUCGGUUGCUAAUAUGAACAAGACACCCAUGGGCAAUUUGGAUCAAUCUGGCAGAUAGCAACAAGCCAGGCUCCAGUGCUCUUGUUCCAAUUUUAAACUAUUCUGAAGUGGAAAUAUAUGAGGCAUCGCUUAUCUGUAAGGUCAAUCAUGAAUACUGUCAAGACUCUGAAAUUCUAUAGAUCCAGAUGAUAACUGUCCAGUAAAUAUGCAAAUCACAGAGCAAGAGUGAUAGACUCAAACUGCUUUCAGGUCAACCCUGUCUUAAACACCCAAAGCAAAUAGUUUCACCUUUCUGCAUGGAAGAGGGCUACACAUCUUGCCAUACCGACACCAUGUGCUUCAGCAAUGAGCAUUUAAACGCUGUUCUGCGUCCGACUGAAACCCUGACCGGCGUUACACUCGAGUCCUCCGCUACUUUCUCUCCUACAACCCGCGGAGUUCGUGCUAGUUAGAAGUAGAGAUCAAAUGGACUCUGACUUUUAGUGCCACAGCCAGUUCUCUAGCCCAAGCCCUGCUGGAAAGGAAAGGUGAAGCAAAGCAGGCCAAAAGGCUCAGCCUCUGCAGGAAACGGCAGCUGCCGUCGCACCAGCAGUUUACACGCACAGCCGAGCUGCAGUUUCCUCGCGAAACACCGAAAGGAAGCCGCGCGCUUGCUGGUUCGCCGCCGCCGCCAUGGCCCAGUUCUUCUCGCUGGCCGACUGUGAAGUGAUCGGCUUCGAUCUGGACCACACGCUAUGCCGCUACAACCUGGUGGAGAGCGCCCGGCUUAUAUAUGACAGCUUUGCUCAAUACAUGGUGAAAGAAAGAGGAUAUGAUAAGGAACUACUGGAUGUGAUCCCUGAAAACUGGGAUUUCUGCUGUAAGGGGUUGGUGCUGGACCUGGAAGAGGGGAACUUUCUUAAACUUGCAGAGGAUGGAACCAUUUUGAGGGCAAGUCAUGGUACAAAACAUAUGACCUCUGGAGAGAUCUUGGAGAAGUAUGGAAGGAGGGAGUGGAAACACUUUAAGACAAUGAGUGGAAUGGUUUCUCGUUCAGGUAUUGCGUGCAUGGACACAGCCCAUAUAACAGCUAAAUAUUAUGCCUAUGACAAUUACUUUGAUCUGCCCGGGGCCCUUCUUUGUGCACGGAUUGUGGAUGACUUAGACAAAAAAGCCCUACCUCUAGAUGGAACACUGAUUCUGCUUAUUGGCUUGUCCCUGAAACUCAGACAUCAUUUCUGUGAUCAGCCCUGAUAAAUCUCUUGUUCUGAAGAUUUAUGGACUGAGCAGGCAAACUCUUUUUCAGUGUGUUUAUUACUGUAUGUGGUCUAGUGCAGGUUGUCCCCAGUUUAAGAACGACUUCCAUUCCAAGAUCUAUCCUAAAGUCGAAUUUGUAUGUAAGCCAGAACAGUAUUAUUGUAUAAUACUGUAUUAGUAGUAGUAUGUAAUUA